UGCAAAUCAGAUGAAUUUACAGUAGGAGUUGUCUCUUCAAUGACUUAAAUCAAUCCUUUGAUUUAUAUAUUUAUUUCUUAAUCUAUUUUUGAGCUUCCUUAGAUAUUUGGGAUGUCAAAUUAUAGCGCUUAUUUAAGCUUAUUAAUUAACGCCUACUACUUUAUUAGAUAAAUCAUAUGGUAAACAAAUUAAAAUUUUUUAAUAGGAAUACCAAUAAUUAGCAUUCUUUACCUCACUCAGCUAGGGUUAUCUCAAAAUAUGCAGCAGCAAAAACUAAAUAAAAUGUGCAUUUAAAACUUGAAUUAAACUUACCAAUAGAAUGAAAAUAAUUAUAAUCAAUAGCGCAACUCUGAAACUACAAAGAUUAUUGGUGAUUAAACUAAUAUAAACUUUUCUAAUAAUGUAAAUCGCUACUUUAAUGGAUUUAAUAAUCAUAUUUCUGAACUCGAUAGAUCUUCUGAUUAAAACCAAAAAUAAGUUACAUUUACAGAUAAAUUAAAUAUUAAAUCAGAGCAGCAAUCUUUGGAUAGUAAAAUAAUCAAUAUAUUUCCUCAGGGAAUACUGAUAGUGACUAAUGGGAAUCAUAUUAUUUAUGAAAGUUCUUAGAUGAAUAAAAUUUUCAACGCCAAUGAGCAAAGUCUUGUUAAUAUUUUGAGUGAAAUAAAAAGAAAAUAAAAUUAAAAUAUAUAAAACUCUGUCAAACAGCAUAAAAAGUAGAAAAUCGAUAAAUAUUCACACAAAUUUUAAUCACUCAAAGAAUUUAAAAGUCCAGUAAGUAGUAUUUUUUUUCAGAACCACGAAAACAAUAAUACAUCGUAAAUUAAAGAUAGCAGUUCAAUUAUUGAAGAAGGUGAUGUUAAUGUAAAUUUAAAUAUAAAUAUAAAUUAACACUAUGAAACAUUGUCUCCUAAAAUUUUAUCUUCUAACGAAAUGAAUAAGAGGAAAAGCAAAUUUUAUAAUAAUAAUUAGUUAGACUAACUGCAACAAGAAAUUAAUCAUUCAAUACUUACUAUAAAAUCUCCAGUUUUAGAUACUAUCUCACCAAAAGCACUUAAAUAACUUCAAACUAAUCCUUUUAAAAUCGAUUUAUAACUAAUCUCUAAGUAUCAGAGAGGAUAAAUUUAGAAAGCAAUUAGUAUUUAGUAAAUUAUGUAAAUUAUGCUUUUAGAAAACACAGAAGAUUGGACAAUGUCAAAUUAUGAAAAUACCAAAAAUAAAUAUUUAUCAAAAGCCUCAGGUAUUGAUAAUUCAAAAGAAAUUUAUGAAUAAAAUGGUGAACAGCAUACAGAUACACUUUUUAAUUUUUCAAGAAAGCGACUAUCAGAUGCUUUCAAUACUCCUAUUGACAAAACAAAUUAAUCUAAAUACACUAUAAACUAAAUUAAUCAUGAUAAUUAUACUCAAAAUCUUUCUUGCUAUAAUAAUAGUAGCAGUAAACAUUUUUAUACAUAAGCUCAUAAUGCAAGUUAGUACUACUUUAAGUCUGAGAAUGUUAAGUCAACUAAAAAUGAAGUUAAUAUAAUUUGCAUAGAUAAAGAAAGUCAUAAGUUAAUCGAAAUUCGAUUGAUGAAAUGUUUAUUAACUACUACUUCUCCUAGUAACGAUAAUAAAGAAAACGUCAAUAACGAUUCAGAUUAUUUAUAAACUAAUUGCAUUUUAUUUUUAUGUGAAGAAAUCUCAGAGAAAAUAUAUUUGAAUAAAGCAAUGAGGCUCUAAACAUUCAAAUCAAAAAUGCUGGCAAGUAUAUCACACGAACUGAGAACACCUCUAAAUUGCUCUAUUGGAAUGCUUUAGCUUAUCUAUGAUAACCACUAUGCUUAAAAAGAAGUCAUAGAUCAAUUCAUAGUUCCAGCUCUUUAUAGCAAUAAACUUUUACUAAACAUCAUAAACGACAUUUUGGAUUUUAAUUAAAUUAACGUAGGCAAUUUCAAGCUGAAUUUUACUUAAAUUUGCAUAAAAAAACUUAUAGAAGAUACAUUAAUGUUAGUAAAACAAUCUUGUCUAAUGAAAAAUUUAGAUUUAAAGUUUAUAAUCGAUGAAAACUUUGAUCCCACUUAAUAAUUCAACACCGACCCCUAAAGAGUUACCCAAAUCAUGCUUAACCUUUUAAGUAAUGCAGUUAAAUUUACUGAAUAAGGUGGAAAAAUUACAGUUUAAUUGUAAGAAGUUGAAAAAAAUUUACUCAAAAUUGAUAUUUCAGAUACUGGAUGCGGUAUCCCUUUAAAAAAAUUAAGAAAUCUCUUUAAUAAUUUUGGAAAAGUGAAUAGAAAUGAAAGUGCAGAGUUUAAUGAUGGUGCAUUUGGAGCUGGACUUGGUUUAACUAUUUCAAAUAAAUUAGCUAAGGGAAUCGGAAAUAAUAGAUCAAUAAAAGUCGUGACACAACUUUAUUAAGGAUCAACUUUUACAUUCUACAUUUAAAAUUAAAAAUCAAGAGCUCUGCAUUACAAAAGGAAUACGUUAAGGACAUUUUUUUCAUAGCAUUCAAUUUAAACAUUUAAUGAAUUAACAAACAAGAAUGCUUUAAAUAAGUCUGAGAAAACGGUAUAAAAUGCUUCUUCUCCUGCUUUUGAUGAAUGCUCAGAAGUAAAAAGAUACGAUAUUUCUUAAGAAUCUAAACUAAAAUCCAUUUAGAUUUUAGAUAGAAAAGAUUUGUCAAUUUAUAAAUAAAAAUGUCAUUAUGAAGAAAGAAACUCUCAAGACAUAAAGUCUAAUAUAUCAUUUAAUCAAAUAGAAAACACACUGAAAUUUCUAAAUGAAGACUAUCAGAUUUAAGGAGAAGAAGAUUAGAUCUAAAAAAGUUAUCAAAUAUUUAAGCCUCUAUAACCAUGGUAAAUAGAAUAGAUAGAAAAACAAGAAGCACUAAUAAAAGAAAAACUAAUAUCCUACAGUAGAAAUUAGCAAUGCUAAAAUUGCUCUGAUAUAUUAAUUGUUGAUGAUAACGAAUUCAAUAUUUUAACAUUAAAAAGCCUUCUUGGUUAGUAUGAGCUGAAAGUGGAUUUUGCUUUGAACGGCAAGCAAGCAUUUGAGAAAGUUUAACAGAAAAUAUAAAUCAACACUCAAUGUGUUUCCCAUGUUAAAAAAGUAAUUUAAUAAGACUACUCUAAAAGAAAAACUUAAGAAGAAGAUGAUAUAGAAUAGUAAAAUUAAAUACCUAAAUAAUGCCAAAAAUUGAGAUGUCAGAGUUAUUAAUUAAUUUUUAUGGAUAUAGAUAUGCCUAUUAUGAAUGGCUAUCAAGCAACUAUAAAAAUUCUUGAUUUUUUUAAAUAAUAAAACUCCUAAAUAAAAAAACCAUUUAUUAGUACAUGCAGUGCCUUUGUGACAGAUCAAGACAAGGAAAAAGCUAAAGAAGUUGGCAUGCAAUUUUUUAUCGAAAAACCAAUAGUAAAGAAAAAACUUGAGUAUCUAUUGUUCAGUCUAUUUGUGAGUUAAUCAAAUCCUUGAUUCAAUUUUUAAAUACAUCCUAAAUGAUUAAACAUGAAAUAAAUAACAAAUUCCCUCAAUAAACCCUUAAAUAAAAAAAACUGGACUAACUUUUUAAAAUAAAUUUCUAAUUUUAAGAUAAAAAAUAAAAUUUUUAGUUUAAUUCUGAGAUAAAAAGAGAUAAGUAAAAUUAUAAAUAAGGGAUUAUGUUAAAUACAAUUAAUUUUAGAUUUUUGCAUAAUAUAUAAACUUAAUAAAAAAUAAAAUUAAAUAUGACAAAUAUUAAUUAAAAAUAAAAAAAUUAGCAAUAAAAAAGUAA